ACUCAAAUCGGAGGCAACCUGUGACAGCUGGGCUUCCACAUGUUCUGCCUCAUGUAUCUAAGACUUCCACUACUGUGACCUCCACUAGUGUAUCUUCAGACAUGUCCAUGUCAAAAGCAGCUGCUGCUCUUCCAGGUGGCCUUGUGACCCCAGUGCUUCCCGGUGCCAGCUCUCCUGCCCCCUCCUGCCUGUCUCCUUUUCCGAAUAAUGCAGUGGCUGCCCCUGGCUGCACCAGUCACUAUAAUGGAGCCUGCUCAAUUGUAGCCACACCAAGUUCAGCUGCUCCUUCUAAUGGAAUCUGCAGAGACCAGUCGUGCAAAACUCACCUGUGCACAAACGAAGCUAGCUACACAUUGGCACAGGCCCACAAUGCUGAAGAGAGCCUGGAGGAAGAUGACAGCUGCUCAGAGCACAGCUCAUGUACCUCCCACUCAGCUAAUCAGAAAGAAGGAAAGUACUGUGAUUGUUGCUACUGCGAAUUCUUUGGACAUGGGCCGCCUCCUGCAGCUCCAACAAGUCGAAACUACACAGAAAUCCGUGAGAAACUAAGAACGCGGUUGACAAAACGCAAAGAGGAGCUUCCACAGAAAUUGAACCAUGGCUCCAUCCGAGAGCCACCAGUGGAUGAGAGAAAUGUCGAGGAUCUAUUACAUUUUAUCAACAGCUCAGAACCGAAACCAGCUAACAGUGCCAAAGCAGCUAAAAGGGCACGCCACAAGCAGAAAAAGCAGGAGAAAGCCCGGUCAGAAGCUUGCGAUCAAAGACCAGAGAAGCCAUGCCCAUCACGGCUACAUAUACAAGACAUCGAGAAAGUGUCUUUGCUGAAUCAGCAUAUUCAAGGAGAUAUAGAGGAGAAAGUUUUGAUAUUUAACCAACAUAUUCAAGAGGACAUCGAAGAAAAAGUUUCCAAACUCAACCAGCACAUCCAAGAUGAUAUAGAAGAAACACUUAACCAGCAAGAACUGUGGCACCAGGUAAAGUUGCAGCAAGUAAGCAGCAUUCUGACCAGCAGACUGGAGCAGCUUAAAGAUCGAAUCCGAGACUCCAUCAAAGCAAACUUCAGUCUCUGCGAUCUGCCCUUGGACAAGAAUGAUUUUCCAGAGAUCUUCUCGGUGGAGAAAGACUUAUUGUAUGACAGCAAUGGCAGUAUGGACAAGGAGGAGCUGGCAAUAAUAGACCAUCAAAAACGCAACCUGAACCUGUCCAUGAUGACCCAGGGCACUGUACAGAACCAUUUGUUAAAUGGAAAUAGACACACAUUCACCCCAAUUCAAGAACACAAUGAGUUGCCUAUAUUUGAAACCCAAUCCGGAAGGAAAUCAAACAAAAACUGUUUGUUACUUUCAAAGGCUGCUGAUCAUUCUAAACUCCUACUGGAAGAUACCAGUGCAUUCAGAUUGCAGGUGCCGUCCGCAGAGUCUCGAGUGAAACAGCAGAUAGUGAGAAGCGGGAAACAGGCCAAGCAGCCCAAGCAGCAUACUUCAGAGGACAAUAUGGGAAAACCUGCGGUGUUAAGAAAGGACCAUGAGCAGACUGUAGCUCCAAAGGCGGAGGGCUCCAAACAGCACACCUGCAGCUCAUUCACCAAACAGAAGAGCAACCAGGCCCAUGACAGCAAAUCACCAGAGAGCCAGGCAAGGAGUGCAACUGACAAAUGUGCUGAUCCCAGACCAGGCAAAUGGAAAGGAGUCUACUCUGAAGCUGCCGAGAACAGGAAAGGCAACAUUAAAAAUCCGAGUUAUGCCAAGGUGGAAGUGUCUGAUACCAGAGGAGUCCAGGGGGAGCAGCAUGGACCUGACUCGUCUCAGCCCAGAGGCAAGAAUCAGAAAAACAAGAAGAAGAAAAAUGACAAACCCAACACCUCUGUCAUGAUGAGAACUGAUGAAGCCGGAGGGCAGGGCGGUGCGAGGAUUUCCUCUGCUACUCAAAGGCCUAAACACAGUGAUGAUGUAUUUCUUCCUAAAGACCUUGAUCUUGAAAGUGUUGAGAUGGAUGAAACGGACCGUGAAGUGGAACAUUUCAAGAGAAAGUGCAGCAGAGCUAGGAACAAAGGAAUUGCUAAACGAUAAAAAGACCAACGUCCAUCUAGUCCAGCAUGGCCCAACAGGCGGCCGGCAUCCAGCACGGUGGCUGAUUUUAUCCAGCCCAAGACCAUCCUCCCAGGGCAGCAGCAGGAGCCGGCAGUUGGGAGGCGCAUCGCAGAGAGUGAAAAUAAUAACGGCCAUUGCUGCAGUCUGUCAGGAAGG